CACCUGUGCCACUCUGCAGUGCCACCUACCUGUGCCCAGAAGUGCCACCUACCUGUGCCCAGCAGUGACACCCACCUGUGCCCACCCACCUGUGCCCACCAGUGCCACCCACCUGUGCCCACCCACCAGUGCAGCCCAGCAGUGCUGCCAGUCAUCAGUGCCGUCUAUCAGUACCCAUCAUCAGUGUCUCCUAUCAGUGCCGCCUAUCAGUGCUGCAUAUUAGUGCCGCCUAUCCGUGACACCUCAUUAGUGCUGUCCAUCAGUGCCGCCUAUCAGUGCCCAUCA